AUGGGGCCAUUCCAACCACCCGAGCAAUUUUAUUCUAAAGAGGAAACUGCCAGUUUACCACACAAAUCAUCUUUACCGAGCUCGCAGCGUUCAUUGAUCCGAGAUAUGACGCUUCCCCCAUAUCCGAACCUCGAUAUUCCACCGUCUCCGCCAGGAUCUCCUUCUCCCAGCUCCAAUCAGAAAUUCACCCAUUUUCUAUCUCUUAAGAAACAGGGUAUCCAUUUCAACGAAAAGCUUGCCUCCUCUUCAUCUCUCAAAAACCCAAGCCUCUUUUCCAGCUUAAGGAAACAUGCAGGUCUCGAGGAAAGGUCUCAAUAUGCAACAUCCCUUGACCUAGGUACAUGGGACGUCAGCGGUCUCCCGGAAUGGGGAUAUAAAGAAGAGUUACAAAAGGUUCAGCAGGAAAUUCGUUCCAAGAUUAAAGACGACCAACAAUCCGCGCCAAGGGAGGGUAUCGACUUUGUGCAAGCAUCUAAACAGACAAAUCGUAGUGAGAGCCCAGGAUCUAGAACAGUGAAUCCCCAUGCUGUAGAACGGGGAACACCACGAGACGAUGUUUAUGGUCCAUAUGAUCAUUCGUAUCUUCAGAGCAAUGGGCCCCAGACCCGUACACAAGCCCCGACGGUGACUGGAACCUCGGUUCUCGCGGUCAAGUUUAACGGAGGAGUUGCGAUUGCCGCAGACAAUCUCGCCUCCUACGGCUCUCUAGCCAGGUUCCAGGAUGUGAAACGUCUCCGCACUUUCGACAACUCAUCUGUUGUCGGUUUCGGCGGUGAUGUUUCCGAUAUGCAAUAUAUCGAUCGCAUCUUAAAUUCCCUUGACAUCAGAGAAAACUAUUCCUCGUACGGGCAACAUACACUAAAUGCGAAAAACCUACACACCUACCUCUCGAAGAUGUUCUACAAACGCCGAUCCGAUUUUAACCCUCUGUGGAAUCACAUCUUACUCGGCCGAUUUGCUUGGUACUACAUUCUCAGCUCCCUGGUUGGCAACCGGGUUCGGUGCCCAUCUGGCCUUGCCAGUCUUGCGGAGAUUAUUCCCAGAGGACAUACCAAUUGA